AUGCGAUUUUGGUGGCCGGGUUGGGAGCCUCGAGAGCGCUCUCUAUCUAGCGAUAGUGAGUGCUCUACGGACAGCCACUCCAGUCUCGCCAGCGAUGCAUCUUUCUAUGACGCGUCGCCUGAUGACGAAACUGGAGUGGGACACGACGAAAUGCCCUCUCUCCCAGAUGACACGCAACUGGUCACUGGGGAAGAGGCGGGGCAGUCUGAUUUAAGACUGUUCCCAGAAAGUUCGUCACCCUUCUUUGCGGAACGGGUGGGACGAAACUGCCUGGGAACGAUCGCCGUCGGACAAGGGGUAGGGGUACACACUGGUACCUCCAAUAAUUCCCUUCCGGGGCCCCAAAAUAGGCCCCGAGUGCGUCUACGCGCGCCAUCGCCUCGCGGUGAUGACGCGGAGUUAGGCGCCGCAACUUCGGGCACGGGUUUGGAUCCCGCGUCGCCCAGUGCCUACCAAGUUUCCGCGCGCACAGAGGUCUCUGUCGCGCGCGAGGCCCCCCGGUCUCCGGCCUCGAUUUUGGGUGCCAUCAUUGACUGGGAAGAGGCCCGGCGACCCCCCCGAAACUUUGCUGCCACCGCGCCACUGGCUACGACUCACGACUGCACUGAGUGUGCCGGCCCCCAUGGGGCCCCAAGACCACCAUCGGCUUCCCUCGCGCGCCGUUUGGCUACCCAAGACCCCCUGGCUGCUGCUGCGCCCGCCGCUGCCCCUCAAGACUCGAUAGCGUUUGAUUUCCGACCCGGCAGGGCAGGUGUUACGCUGCCCGAUGGGGUAGCGCCACGGAAUGCUCAAGGACUACAGAGCGACGGCUCCCUGGGUGCCUGCAGGCAGCACCCGGGUUCUAGGACGUGCACCAAGGACACCUACGCUGCUACGAUGGUCUGUCUAGACGUAGGCAGGCCUCAAGACACUGCGAUUGCUGAUGCUGGGCCCGGCAGGGUGAGCGGCAUGCUGCCUGACCGGUUCCAGCAUGGACUACUUCAGAGCAUCGGCUCCCCGGGCCCACAGACGCCCUGCCCGGGUACGACGACACGCGACAUGGCUCCCCCCGCCCUCCCACUCGCCGGCCAGGCCCCCGACGCUGCUCCUGCCUCCGCGAUUGUUGCUCCUCCACCCGGCAGGGCGGCACGCAUGCUGCCCGACCGGGUGCAGCUCGGGUCCGCGCUCGUAGCCGCAACGGCUCGCGCACUGGGUGCCUUCCAAGGCCCCAGCGACCCAGAGGAUAGCGAAAGCAGCGACGGCGGGGCCCCCGAUGACGACACUGCCUCCUCCUCAAGUGAUGACGACCGGCUCGGGCAUGUAGCUACGGAGCUGCCUGCCCGAGCUGGAUACACUGAAGUGGCCGCGGCCGCUCCCGCGGGCAUGCACGCUACCAUCAGCGAGGCCGCGUCCACUGCAGCAAUUGUUUAUGAUGUUGUUGAUGUCUCACGUACCUGUGACGACCGGCUCGGCAGGCAGGCUCCCAUACUGCCUGACCGAGUCGGGUGCGGCGCUCCCAUGCCUUGCGGCGACGAGCCGUCCGCUGUUGCUGGGCCCUGUCCCCAUGAUGAUGACUGCACACCCGGCAGGGCGGGUAGCAUGCUGCCUGCGGGUGCUGCACAGGCUCCUGCCACGACCGCUGCCGUCCCUAUGGAGGUUGACCAGUGCGCGACGUGGCAGGCAGCCAGCCAUGUACCGGGCUCGCCGCCUCUCGUGCUCCGCCUCGGCGGCAAGCGUCGCCGCUUGAGCGAUGACGCCGACGACGACCCGCGCGAGCAAGCCGAGCAACUGCUGCUCGAGGACGUUGAGGCCGGCCCCAUGAACUUAGCGCUUUGGCCAUCCGCGACUAGCCCACUUCCGGCCUCCGUCCUGUCUGUGUAUGCCCACAACGCGCCGCACUUCACGUGCACGCUGUGUGCAUAUACGGCGUCAAGCUUUGCUUCGCUCAAGCGCCACCGGGACUCAAGGCAUCGCCGCAUCGCCUUCCUCGACCGGUUCUCGGCAGGUUGUGCGUGCGGCACACCUUUCGUGUCGAGGCUGGCUGCAGCAAACCACGCGCAAGCGUGCGCCAGUCUCAAAGACACUUCGGCUGAGGCUAUGCCAGCAGCAGGGGAUCUCAGCCCCACUGCUGGUGAAGUCGAUGCCAGCGCUACGGUGGCUACAGCCAAGCCCGUGCUGCCCCGCCAAGACCCUCCGGUGGUUGCUUCGCGUCUCGCGUCUCGCCUCUCCGCUGUUCCUGCCCCACGAUGGGGUUCACCACUGGCUCGCAGCGUGGUGGUGUCGAGGAUCGCUGACCGUCUGCUCCCGCCGGAGCUGACGGAGGAGGAAGAGACGAAGGUAGGCGAAAGCGACGACGAGGACGACGCUGAUGAAGGUGAUCGCGAGUGGCUGCUGCGCUUCGACGGUGCCUGCCGCAAGAACCCUGGUCCAGGCGGCGCCGGCGCUGCGUUGUUCAAGCCCAGCGGCCCCGUAGUGUGGACAUGCUCACACUACAUGCCGAGCAGCGGCGAAACCAACAACACCGCUGAGUAUACCGCUCUACUGCUCGGUACAAGGGCUGCUGCCGAUCAUGGUGUCACGUGCCUGCGCAUCGAGGGUGACAGCACGCUGGUCAUCCAGCAGGUGCGUGGCAUCUUCGCCACUCGCAGCGCCGCCCUUCGCCGCCUUCGGGACCAAGUCAAGGUUGAGCUGGCGCGAGUGGGAGUCUUUACGCUCCACCACAUUGAUCGCCAAGCCAACGCCCAAGCUGACCGCCUCGCCAACCGUGGGCUCGACCUCCGCCGUACCGUACUGGAGUGCGCAGACCAUCCAACUGGUGAUGGCUGCACUCGUACGAGCAACAUCGGCUUGCGGCAGGACACCAUACCGGUGUGGUGA